UUGGUUUAUGAAAUUAAUUGAAGUCUUAACAAUGUUUAAGCUAUGACGAAGACGAAAAUUUAUCAUUAUGAAGGAAUGUUUUUUCUUUUUUUCAUGUUCCAAUUGACUUUAAAACUCAUUUAAUUAAUUAAUGUUGAUCUUGUUGAUCAAAUGAUCAGUGAUGGCGAGAAAAUUUGGGCAAUACUUCCAAAGAGCGUAUUUUGCUUUUCUAUCUCUAGUCAUAGUUGUGAUCCACAAUGUUGACGGUGACAAUGGACUGUCAAAUUUCUUGUCAAAAGAAAAACAAAAUACAUCUGCUCUUGUAAUACCUCCGACUGCUGCAACUUCAUCCUGUCUAUCUCGAGGCAACAACUGCUCCUUGUGUCUAAAGGAUGGUAAUUGUGGAUUCUGCGAUACAUGCAAGGAUAUGUGCCAUCGUCCAGAGGCUGUUGAUAGUCCAAGUUGUGCUAAUUGUGCUCGAUGUAUACCCGGAGCUUUAGAUGGACCUAAAAAAGGACACGAAUGCAGGGUUGAAUGGUUUUAUUACGAGAAAUGUCCAGAAAUCGUAAACGAACAGAAAACAGUUUACGUUGAAAUAGCUCUGUACUUGAUCAAUGUUCAUUCAGUGGACCUUAAAGCUGGAACAUUUCAUGCUGAUUUUUAUUUGUAUUUUAAAGUACCCGACGGACAGACAAAAUACACAAAGCAGAAAUGUAAAGACGGACCGAAAGAAGCAUGCUUUGAACUAGUUAAUGCUGCUGGUCAGCCAGAGGUUUCAAGUCACGAGGGAAAAUAUUUUCGGGUGAAGUCCACAUUUAAUUUUGCUGCCGAUUUGAGGGAUUAUCCGUAUGAUAAUCAGACACUACGUAUCGUUAUACAAGACAUGGAAAUGGCUGCAAAGGAACUAAGAUGGCAUAUCAUGCAAGCAGCCGAUGGACAAGAUUUCAAAUUUCGUAGUGGGGUCUCUCCGAUGUUAAAUUAUACGGGUUGGUUGUUUGAUACAAACUCCUGGUCACAAAUGGUGUACGAAAGGUACAAUCCAUUCCUGGAUCAAGGAGUUUCAAGAUAUGAAUUUUUCUUUCAUAUGAGAAGACACAAGCGUGCUGCAUUUUUCAAAAUAUUCCUACCUCCUCUUUUCAUUGUUUUGGUGGUAUGCUUUUCUUUCUCCAUUCCGCCAAAAGAUUCAUCAAUGAGACUAUGGAUUGAUGGGUCACUACUUAUAUCAGCUGUUAUGUUUCACGCCACAACUGGUGAACAGACGCCUGAUUCACAGGAACUGACUUUAGCAGAUAAUUUCAUGGUUGGCGUUUACGGAUUUAUAUUUGUUUCCUUUAUUGUGACAACAACAAUGUUGAGGUUGCAGAGAGACAAUUAUUUUUAUUUUGCCGAUGUCUUCUACAGCUACACAGAAUGGCUGGUAUGGUUCAGUGGUCCAUCGUUUUUCUUUUUGUUAUACUAUAUGCGAUUUAGUCUUUAUCACGUUCUUAUGGCAGAGCUGGUGAUAAGUUUGGUUGCAAUGCUUCUUAAGAAAUUUUGUUCUUUUACAAAGAAAAUAGUUUUCAGAAUCACAUCAUUUGAUAAGAUUUUGGAAAAGCACUUAUCAGAGAGGUCAAAGAGCUCGUUGAACACUAAGACUGAAACAAAUCUGAAUAGUUCUUCAGGUUUACCUAGCAGGAAAACCAGUAACGAUUACAGACUGUUGCCGCAAAAUGAGGAUCUUUCUAUCGAUGGAGUUUUGAAAGAAAAUUCAAGAACCUGCUUUCCUGGUAAAGUUGCUGACACUGACGAUUGCUGUCCAAAAAGAAAGAUUCUUUGCAAUCGCCAAACAUAGAUUGACCAGAAAGACGCGCGCAGUUAAAAAGCUGACGGUAAAAGUUUCUAAAAAGCAACUUUUAUAACUUUUAUUGGUAUAUUAGCAAUAGAAAUGAUUAUUACACUUCUUUUUGUCCAUAACAUCAAAUAAGUUUGAAGUCUUUCAUUUACUAUUUCAUUAUCAAUAUAAAUAGUUUUGUAUCAAGAAAUUAAACAUCGAAUUUGGAUAAAAAUUAUAAUUAAAGUAUGAAAUUA